AUGUAUAACCAUCGCAUCACGCUGAUCUUGUUCGGCGUCUUCAUUGCACUGGCGUUGGCGGCGAAGGACGCAGAUGGAUUUGCCCUGCAUCAGCCGCCGCCGAGGCGCUUCGCCCUCUACAGCAAGUGGUUGAUGGAGCCGAAAUUUCCCAAGACCACGAAGCGGUAUAUCACCACCCGAGCGGGGAAGACUGAGGUGAUUGGACAGCUGAAGGAGCUGCUCAGCCGAAGCAGCGUGCUGCUGCGCUUCACGUACAAGAGGUUCACGCCAAAAGAGCGCGUAGUGCUGAAUCGCAAACUGCGGUCGUUCAUCUACACAGGGAAGGAUGGAUCUGAGCCCUGCGCGAAGCUGCGGAUGGUGAAGAACACGCUGAUAGAGAAGGCGAUGCUGGGCACCCAGUGGGAGGUUUUCGCGCCGCGUAUGCACGGCCCGUCAAUGUGCUGCUUCGUGUUCGAUGACGGGCGGUUGCCGCAGAUUCUGACGGCCAUUGAGCGCUUGCGGAUGGCGGACAAGAAGAUACGUCGCCAUGUCACCCUAGACAGCGCGUCAUUCGCGGGCAAGGUUGUCGAGCCCCUUGAACUGUUCAGGAUAGCCGACUACGCAUCACGUGAGGAUGUCAUAGCGCGGCUGAUGUGCACGCUGAACGGCGGAUCGGCAGGCGUUGCGCGGGGGCUGAAAUCAGUGGCAGCGAAGCUCGCUAUUGCGCUGAACGAGACCACCAAAAAAGGUGACGCCAGUGAUGCCGCUUCCAGCGCACCAACCAGCAGUACAGACAAUGUAGCAACGCCAGAGGCAACUGCAGUUGCUGCCGCAUCAAAUUGA